AUGGCAAAUGGUAAUCUAUGGACCUUUGAACCACAUUUUGAAAGAGGUCGUCUGCUUCCCAUUAUGAGCAGUGUUCGACCGAUCUCUUUCACAGCUGCAAAAUUGCUAUGGGACCCAGAACUAAAUCCAUCUUGUCGAACUCCUUUGUAUCGAGUUGAUGGCAUUGUAGAGGGGCGAAACGAACCAGAUCCAGAUCCAGUAGUUGAUCCCAGACGCCCUUUGCACUUUAGAAAUUUUUGCAAGAAGGCGGUUGUCGAUCUUCCGAUCCCGAGUUUCAAGAUUGACUUAUAUUACGUGGGUGAAAAACCAGAAAAAGAGGUCACUUUCUCGAAUCUUAAUGAUAACAUCACAUUUAAGAACCUAGAAGACAUGUGUCGUAAAUUCGGUACGAUUAUAGAAGCUAAAAUCUACUAUCAUCCAAAAUCACAAUGCCACCUUGGUAUCGGAACCGUUGUAUUUACAUCCUCUAAAAGUGCAAGAGCUUGUGUGGAACAUCUUAACCAGACAUCAAAGAUGGGGAAUAUAAUGACCGUACAGGUGGAUCCUUUUGGUAAAAUUAGAGUCCGGUUGAUUGCUGAACAAAUGGCUGAUCUCCUGCCUUCAAACUCUUGUGAUCAAUUCCAACUUCCAGAAAAACCUUUUGCUAAUCAGAUACACAGCCACAUACCUUCUGAUUUCUCAUCACAAGGUCCCUCAACUUGUGAAGUUUGUCCACACAAUCCUACUCCACGUCAGUCUCAUACAUCCGCAAAUCUUAGCGAUCACAAAGCGAUUGAAACUUUGCCACAACCGCAUUGCAUGACAACGUUCAAGUCUCACCUGUUUUUCAAAGCAUCUGAUAAACAGGAAUCGGACUUAAAAACACAUUUACGUCCUGAAAAGUCGGCAUGUGUUCUGAACAACGAUGAUAUUUCAGAAAUAUCUUCUGCCGCGACCCACUGGCAUCGAGAAGCUCCGUCUAAUUCAAAUAUUGGCAAAAGUACUUCAGGUUUUUUAGUAGACCAACAUACAAUGGGACUUGAAGCCAAUACAUGUGUUUCUAAAAAGCUUUCUAGCCAACAAGAUGAUGCAAAACUUCAUGAGUCCCGUUAUUGCGAAGAGUCUCUUGAAGCUCGCAUACAAAAAUUGCUUAAACUGAAUUGUGUAAAACCAGUUCCUGAGUUAAAACAUACUCAGAAUACCCCAGUCGUUUCAGAUCAUAACUCGAAAGUCACUUGCAAUCUUCCAGUAUCUUCAGAAGCAUGUAUUUCGACCAAUGUACGUAUCAAGUCGGAUGAUUUAAAACGGUUUGAAAGCCCUUCAAAUCAAGUGGUUCAGAAGGGAAGCACGCCUUCUGAUUCAUCGAAAAAUAUACGAGUAGUAACAAGCCCGUCAUCCAACCGUCGCACGCUUUUACCUACUCCUGAUGGGUCACUUGAGAAUACCAAGACUUCUUUAUUCAACCUUCAUCGUCCGCCCCUCCUGAAAACUCCUUACAAACCAGUGGAUGUUCAAGAAGUAAUAAAAAUAAUCGAUGACGUUCAUAUGGUUUUUGUGGAUGAGUUACGAGGAAUCAUACAUCGGGAUAUAACCCGAAAGCUUGUUGAAGGUCAGGCAUUUAAAUUAUUUUCCGAUUGGUGGGAUUCGAGAGAACAAGACUACAGACAAAAUCAUGUCAGUAGUCAUCACAAUAUUAAAGAGGAGAGUGUGGGUAGUAAUUAUGUAGACCAUCCAACCACAUCUCAUGAUUCUACCGUUCCAUCACAUCAGAACCAAAGUGCUAGUGGGAAUAUGUCUAACUUUUCAUUUGCUCCUACUUCAGUUUCUUCUAGUAUUCCUAUAUCAACUAUGUCUGACAAUAAUUCUGUAUCUUCAAACUUUAAGCUUUUUGGUUUGGGUAUGUUUACAACCUUAAGAUCUGCUUUGCCAAAAAUUAAACGCAAACCUCGUCCACCUAGUCCUGAACCCAUAAGUUCAAACACAGUAGCUUCCACAUCAAAGACUGAGUCUCUUGCUAUCUGUCAAGAUGAACAAAAUGUAAAUUUUCGGAGUAAAACUGAAUUAAAGCUAAGAGGAUCUCCUUUUUGGGAAAGCCGUGGUUCUCUAAUACAAAAAGCAAGUGACAUAUCAAGUUCGGACGAGAACAAUGGUGAAGUAAAUAUUCGUGGUAAAAUCUCUGAAUCUUCAGGUAGUGAAAGUUCCACGGAACAAGCAGACCAAGUGACUACUGAUCGUGUACGAGACCUUUGCAGCUCAAAAGAACAUCAGGAUAGGCAUAGAUAUCAUCACGUUAGAAGACGCUCUGGAACUUCCAAGUCAAAUGACAAAUGUGAAUACGUUCGAUCACAGUCUAAAUUCCCUUCAAAAUCAAGCCAUUCUCCUGAAAAUAUUCGUACAAGCGAUUAUACUUCAUCGGAUAAUGAUAGCGAACUCAUUUCUCCUUCAAAAUCUUUUCAGCAUAUUAAGUCUCGUAGAGAACAUGCGCGUGUUUCAGAUGUAUUUUCCAAAAGUGAUUCGAAAAGUCCAGUUGGAUCGAGUUUACCAUCUGAUAGUGAAAGUUCGGACCUAUCAACUGAACCACAAAAUAACCCCGAUGAAGCUCGAAGAUUUACAAAACCUUCACCGGAUGAACUUUCUGAGAUUUCAGAUUUUAAGUCAGACUCCCCUAAUCGUGGUCGUUUAUCACUUGUAGAAACUUCACACUUUGAAUCUACGCGGAACAGAAAUUCCAAUGAUUCACUUUCUUCACCUAUUUCUUCACAACCAGAGAGUGCAUUGGAUUCCGAAGAAAAUGAAGAUACAGAGCUAACGGUCGUUGGUAAAAUCCACAAACCUGAGAAAUGUACUGCCUUCCAACGAUCACCUGUCUCCAAACCUGUUUGUCCUAUUCAAGAAGUUCAACGCAGAAGAGUUCGACCACGAAAGAACAACCAAUUGUCACCUAAAUAUUCAUCUAAUUUCAGUCCACAAAAAGAGACAUCUGGUUUUGAAGACUCUUUGGUUUCUACAGAAUCUAGUUCUGAAGACGAUAUGUUUAAGACAAAUGAUGAUAGUUCUCGCGAUUUCUCUACUUGUGAUAAUAUUCCUUCAAAAGUUAACCAAGUGAAUCCUCAAUCAAACACCGAUUGGUCUAUAUUACGUGCAUCUUUGGAGUUCCAAUCUUCAGAUUUUCCUACUAUUCCUUUGACAUACAACUCUCAACCAUCUGGAGGUUCGCGUAGAAAACAGAAUCUUGGUGGCUUAUGCAGAAACAAUAUGGCCUUGUCAACUAUUGAUCAAAAAAAUAAAUGUACAUCAUUUCCAGACACUGAUAUUCCUCAGAAAAUGAGUUUGAUCUCUGAUCAGAAACUCCAUAGAUAUCCUUUAUACCAUUCUCCAGGAUUUCCUGUAUCAUCAAGGGAUCGUGAUAAUUUGAAGCUAUCUGAAAAAAAUAUAAAGUCGGAUGAUUUAGAUGGAGAUAGUACGGAUAGUGCUUCAAUGGAAUCUGUAGAUAUUGUGGAAACUGUGGAGUGUAAAUAUAUGUGGCCUGAACCCCUCCUUACCGAUCAUAAUUAUUUUCGUGUUCCUGAAAUUGGAUCUGUCAUUCAUUAUCGAUCUACUAGGAAAGUAACUAAACACAAUUUAAAGUCAAAGGAUAGUUUCGUCGACAGUAAUUUGACCACGGCGGACAAUUUACGAAAACGCUCUUGGCCAACAGACCCUACGUACAUUAGUGGCGGCGUCAGUGAUGAUGAUUCCCAUGAUUCUUCUAAGUGGUUCAAACUGUCGAAGCGUUCGAAUGUUUCAGAGUUAAGAAAUGAAGAGGUUACUGGAAGUUGUAAAGCUGACUUAAAAGCAAAUCAGCUUUUGACAGAGGAGAAUAAGAAGCCAAAAUAUAUUGAAGCGAAACCUGAAACUUCGAAAGUUCGUGGGUCACGUGAACUGGCCAGUCUUUUAGCACCAGUACCUAAAUCCGAAAUUCGUCGUGUUAUGGAAGAAUCUUGCGGUCUACUGAAAGAAGACAUUUACAAACGUAUGUCUGGAGAGCGAGGUUUUUCUCGAUCACAACCACAUUUUCAACCAAGGUCGGCAUCUGAAGAAGAUUACAUCCUGAGGAGUAUUCUCGUUUUUGGUAUAGAUGCAGAAGAUCUUAGUUUUAUGUGUGAAGCCUAUCAGUUUCUGCUAAGCAAAUGCCAUUCACCAUUAGAUGUCACUACAUAUGAUAAUUUCAAACAAGACAAUUUUUAUAUGAACGCUAAAGUCGUUGAUCCUCGUGUUGUAAAUAUUAUAAGCCUUUCACAUUGGGUUGAGCAUCCGCCUACCCUUGCCGCUGAUCCCAUUACUGUCAAAACACACGUUAAUGGUAGUGGACAUCUUGUUAAUUCACGCAAUUUGUGGUCAGGUCGACAGAAGCAUGAGCGUCAACGAUAUCAAUACAAAUUUCUGUGUUCUAAGAAUUCCACAUCCAAAUUAUCUUCUGUUCACCAUAAAUCCUUUGCAAGAUCAUCUGAUUCAGAUGACCUUUAUUCCUCUUUAUCUGAUCAAUCACUAAAUCACUCUUCUGAUGAAAAAUACAAAAAGGAUUUGAGCAACAGCUCAGUAUGUAAAAAGGAAUGUUCUCCCAUUUACUCACCUGUAAAUACUUCAUAUAAUCAUAAACUAAGACUCUCCUGGCCUAAGUUUGACGACCAAAUACUGGCGGUAGCGAAUUAUGCUGCUUCUUUAAAUGAGAAUGUUGAUACAGUUGGAGAUAGUGUUGAUAUUCACCUUGGUCCUGCAGCCUGUUUACCGCCAAUCCAUUCAUCAGGGUCAGCUCGAACACAGGGUUAUUACCGAAUGCCUACUGAAGAAAGAUUUCGACGUCCUUGGUGUGUCGGUCGGAGUUUAAUUGGAGAAGACGGUCGUCGUCGCCCUAUUCCCUUAAUGCCUGCAACUGUGCAAGCACAGCUUGGAGGUGAUGCAGCAUUACAAGCUAUUGGCGAGAAUAUUGAGGAACGUUUAACCGAACAAGCAUCUGAAGCCAAGAAAAAACAACUCACUCAAUUUCGAGAGGCUCGGUCUGUUCAACGUCGAUUGUUAGCUGAAUUUCAAGAUAUUGAAACUGGCGACUUGCUUAAAUUUAAUCAGUUAAAGUUUCGUAAAAAGCAGCUCAUAUUCGCCAAAUCGCCUAUCCAUGCAUGGGGCUUGAUAGCUUUGGAACCGAUAGCUGCCGAAGAAAUGGUGAUUGAAUAUGUUGGUCAUGUGGUUCGUAAGGGUGUCGCUGAACUACGUGAACGUCAAUAUGAAGCCAAAGGAAUCGGUGGCUCUUAUCUUUUCCGAAUUGAUGAUGAGUUUGUAAUUGAUGCCACAAUGUGCGGCAACAAUGCUCGGUUUAUCAACCACAGUUGUCAGCCUAACUGCUAUGCCAAGAUAAUAAUGGUUGAAAGUAAGAAAAAAAUUGUUAUAUAUUCCAAAAGAGACAUUAAUGUUAUGGAAGAAAUUACGUAUGACUACAAAUUUCCUUAUGAAGAAGAUAAGAUACCAUGUCAAUGUGGAUCAUCAUCUUGCCGUGGAACGCUUAAUUAGGAGACCUACAUGUUCAGACAUUUUUUGGUGUCAAAAUCCGAACAGAUGUAUAUAGAUUUGUAAGUAAUUAUUGCUUUCUUCUCGAAAUCUUUGUGUUACAUGAGGAUUAGUUAUCAUUUCCCUACAUGUUUAUUUCUGUACAUACAUUCUUUUGUUAUUUUCUUAUGGUGUAUGAAUCUUGAUUGAACUAAUUUUUAAAAAUACCUUUCAUUCUUAAUUCCAACUAAAUAUUUGUACCAGAUUUGUUUACGAAAGAUCAUUUUUAUCCUCGACACUUCAGACUACCCCGUGUAACUUUGUUCUCUUUAAUUAUUUCCUGUAAGCUUGUGCUUGUCUCUGGUACUGUGUAGAAUACGUUCUUUUCGAAUACGACGGGUGGGGAAUAGUUUUAAAGAAGUCUUUUGCGAUUUCAAAAAGUAAAUAAUUACUUACAUCUAUCAACCCUCGUGGAGAAGCAUAGGCUGCUCACCAGCAUUUUCCAUCGACCUCUGUCCUGGAAAAUCCUUCCCAGCUGUAAUUUCUCCCUUACAUAUCUGCUUCCAAUUCCCGACGCAGUGUGUCCUUUGGCCUUCAUCUUUUCUGUUUCUCUUCAGGAUUCCAAGUUAGCGCUUGCCUCGUGGUGCAGUUUGGUGAUUUCCGUAACAUAUGUCCUAUCCACUUCCAGCAUCUUUUCCCAAUUUUCUCUUCAACUGGAAGCUAGUUUUUCCUCUCCCCCAGUAGGCUGUUGCUUAUGGUAUUUGGUCAACGAGCAUUGAGUAUCUUGUGUAUAUAAUUGUUUGCAAAUAGCUAUACUUUUUUGAUGAUUGAAGUAAUUCUCGAACUUUCAGCUCAGUACAGUAGGACUGUCUUAAUGUUCGUAUUGAAGAUUGUGACUUGAUAUUGGUUGAUAGUUAUUUUGAGGUCCAUAUGUUCUUGAACAGUAGGAAUCUUGUCUUUGUUUUAACAAUCCUCGCCUUUACGUCUGCAUCAGAUUCUUUAUGUUUAUCGAUGAUGCUGAAACAGAUAAGUGAAAUUGUCCACCUCUUCGAGUUUUCCAUAAAAUGUGGUUGGGUCGGUGUUCUCCGUGUUGUAUUUGAGGAUGUUGCUUUUUUCCAUGUAUAUGUUGAGGCCUAUUGAUGCAGAGGCUACUGCUACAUUGGUUGUCUUCAUCUGCAUUCGUCGGUGUGUAUGGGAUAGAAGAGCUAGGUGAUCUGCAAAGUCGGAAUCUUUUAGUUGCAUGCAAGCUGUCGAUUGUAUUCCAUGCUUCCCGUCACAUGUGGUCUUCAUAAUCCAGUCAACCACCAGAAGGAAGAGAAAGGGGAGAGUAAGCAGCCUUGUCUGACUCUGGUCCUUACUUGGAAUGCAUUUGUCAGCUGUCCUUCAUGCACGACUUUGCAGUGAGAUGUUGACUAUUUUCUCAGCUACCCACUUCAUAGUGUCGAAGAAGUUUCCAUAAUAUUUUCCUAUCCACAUUGUCAAAUGCUUUUUUCUAAUGAAGGAAGUUGAUGUAUAGUGACGAGUUCCAUUCAAUUGUCAGCCAGUAAGCUACAACGUAGGACCAGAUACGUUUGUGCGCCCGUCCAAGAUGCCACACCUCAUUAGCAUAACAAGAUGAACACCACAUUUUUGGAAUCAGUUAUGUCAAUAGUAUUAAUAUAUAAAAGAGAAAUCGCAUAUAAUGAUAGGGUUAUAAUUUCUCUUAUUACGACCCAGCUAUUCCUAUUAUUUAGUAUUCUUUGACACCAACUCACUCGACAAGUCCCCAAAUCAGAACACUGUUGAACAGGGACGAAAUUAUAUUUCAAAUAAUGAGGGUAAAUGGAAGUAGGAAACGCAAUAAAGAAACGUUAGUAUAUUUAUGGUUUUCAUGUGAGAAGUUUCUAGAGUCUUCUCCAAGUACCGACUAGCACUGAUUGGAUAAGUAAUUGCCAAUAGGCGUGCACCAACACGAUCUUUCACGGGACGUACUUUAAUUCAAUCUAUUUCUCGCUAACAGACAUAACACAGGAAUAAAGAAUUAGUUCGUAAAAAUAUAUAUCUAGAGUGGUUCCAAGCUCAUGGUUUAAAACAAAGUUUAUACACUUACGCAACUGUGAUCGAUCCAGUCUCCUACCACUGGUCACGAUAGUCGCGCACAUCCUAAACAAGUAGUUUGCAUCUACCAACAUGGCUAAGACUAGAAAUUAGUGACUUCAAGCACAUGCCACGUUUUGUUUUGUAAUCAAAUGCUAGUAACUUACGAGUAUCUUCGGCCCUUAAUGGUCACGUUCCGCAGCCGUAAAUGAAAACAGGACGAACUGUCACGUUGUAUACUCGUCCCUUAAUUCAUAGACAGAUAUCUCACUUUCUCCAUAGGUGACGUAGGUUAGCAAAAGCCAAACGAGGUCUUAAUCCAUGCAGAAAUUUCGUCGGACAUCAACCCAAUUGGGCUGACCAGACUUCCAAGUUAUGUGAAGUUGUCGGCGCGUUCGAGUACUUUGCUCUGUAUCCUUGGUUCAGGUGUUGACGCAGACCAGUCCUGAAGCACCAACUUGUAUUUAGAGGGGACAGAAACGCCUCCCAGAAGUUCUGGUAUUGUUGUACAGUGCUACCAAAAGACUGCAUUUUAUCAACGGCCUCACCAAACAUCUGAGUAUUCUCAGUCGAUAAAUGGACUUCCUGGUAGGAGAUCAAUUCCUAAAACAUGGGGCGACGGGAACGUUAUUUCCAUCAGUAGGCAUGUAGUGGCAUCGGGCCCUAAACGCACAAUCUUCAAAGCUGAAUACGAGACAGCUGGGAAAAUGGAUAUUUACUAUUUGAUGCGAGGAAAAACCGAACGAUGGAUAAGGCGGGAACAAGGGAUUGGAUUAAUUCAAAUUGGUCGAAUGGCAUGGCUAGACCUUGCAGGCGUGGUCCCUGUUGGAUGUUAUCUUAUAUCCUUUAUUCAUAUUAUAUCUACUGUUCUAUCUCUAGCCUAAGAUUGCUCUCCACCAUGUAUUGGUGAUUGUUACGAUCCGAAUGAGUCAGGGUAGAUAACGAUGUGACAUCCACGUAAUAUCUUACAUAUUAAGCAGUUACAUCAUGACAGAUAUACAAUUUUAGGAUUAGGUCUGUUAUUAGAGCAGUACUAAUAUCAUAGUGGACCAUAAUUCUACAGGCCUAUGAUGAAGUUAAACAAACAUGGAGAAAGUGGACAGCCUUGACGGACACCACACGAGGUUCGCCAUAAGCUCCGACUCGACUAGUAGUGUCCGAGUAAAUAGCCUUCACAAGGUUUACGUACUUCUGAAAUACGCCUUUCAAUGAUAGACACUGCCACAGAAUCUCGCGGUCUACCGAGUCAAACGCUGCUUUUAAGUCAAGAAAGACCACCAUUGUCGGACGCCGAUAAGUAUGCCUAUGUUCUAGAACCUAACGAAUGGUGAAUAUAUGGUCGAUGCAGCCACGACCAGGUCUGAAGCCAGCCUGAUUUUCUCGUGUUUGCAGUUUACGAGUCUUAGUUAGGUGUCCAAGCAGGUACUCCAGAAUGAGCGACAAUCUUCUACCGACCCUCUCCAACAAUGACUGAUGACAAUAUGGCCUAUUUGAGUCCAUCGUUGGUUUAGUGUAGGGGGUCUCCAUGUUAGACGAUCUCUCUCCUUAUGCUUAAAAUUUGUGUUUGCUAAAAAUAAAGGAUUGUCUGAGCACAGUUGCAGCAGACGAUCACCAUUAUCUGUUCGUUGUGCUGAAAUACUAAAAUACCCACCUAAAUGCCUUUCUGUAUGGUUUAAACUACCUAUCUGGGCAUUAAAGUCACCUGCUACGAGUACUCUGUGUGAGCGUUUAGCUUUCUGAAGAAGUUCAGAGAGCUUUCUGUAAAAUUCAUCUUUCACUUCAUCCGAGCUGCAGUUAGUGGGAGCGUAGGCAAAAACGACGAAAAGGCGUCGACCUGUGCCCCUAUACUUCCGAGUUCUUACGGAGCCGUUCAGCCGGACAGCACAUAGGGGACUGUUAACGGUGAUCCAUUAUAAUAGUGCUUGUUCCACCCUCGUAGUUAGUGCUAUGUCUACCAGUCCACUAAAACUAGCCAUCGGGUCACCAGGUACACGGAGGGUGUAUCUCGUCGGCCCUCCGUUUUGCCGAGGUGAGGUCAAGUGAAUGACCACACUAGGAUCCUGUAUGCACGUUUCGGAUACAUCGCAUACUUUAAUGGUACAAGAUUCUAGAGAUCUAGUCAAGGAGGCCUGCUGACCGAUUUGACAUAGGGUGCGUACGUUGAAGGCCCCAAUAUGUAGUGUGGAGAGAGGUUUCAGUAGACCUGAGACAGUGUUUUGCGUGCUAGAAUCGUUGGCUAUGGUGACACUUGAGGAGGAUGUUUAGAGUUUGAAGUUGAUGUAGGAAGAAUAAUAGGAAUUGAAGAGGGAGGUUGAUUAUGAAUACAGUGGUCUUGAGUGCUGUUAGAGGUAUGAGGGCGAUUAUCACUUCCCUGUUGAACACACCGUGGAAGGGUUCUUCUGGAGGUACCUGAUCAGAAAAUUGGAUUAGAGGUGGUCUUAAUGACCUGAGAGCUUGACCGCAGUACCCAGAGCACAACUGCUUGAUGUCUGUCACACACGAUCUUUCCAUGAGUAAUUUUUGUGUUAGCUCCGUAGUUGUUGAGACCCUACCGAUGGAGACGGAUAUCCGUGGGAUAAGGCGAGAUAUGCAUUUUUAGGGUCGACAUUUUCUAACCCCACCCCUCGUUAUGGGAAGGCAGCACCGCUGUUAUGCUGGUUGUCUGAAGGAAACCUUUUACUGCUGUCACACCUCUGUAAAGUCAGCAGUACGACUUCGUCUUCGGACCUUGGGUUUGUUGCUUUCAGUCUUACCGCUCUUCAACCGACCUGUCUGACGUGGUAGGACCUUGAGUAACGGUUUUUCCAGUCAGUAUAGCUCAGUUGCUUCAUCAAGAUAGGCAAGCUCGACCACCAAGUCAAGGUAGCAACAACGGACGACUACUUGGUUGGGGUCCACGUGACUAUCGUAACACUCUCUGUCUUCCCUUUAACUAAGAGAUUACAAUCACUUCAUGUCUUUCUGCGAACUAAUUCUUUCUUCCUGUACUAUAUCCUUAUUACAAUCUUUCUUUUAUAUCUUACCACGACUGAAUUAACUACUUCUAUGAAUCCGGUGUUCAUCUUGUGCUAAUGCGGUAUGACAACUUGAACCGAUCCAUAUAUGUGCCUGGUCCUACGUUGUAGCUGACUGACUGACUGAUCACACAUUUCAUGAUAAUUAUGGAGAAAACGAAGAAUAUGCACUGUUUGCUUUACACGCUACAACUUAGAAGUGCUAACAAUUUAUAGUUCUUUUAUUCUAAAAACAUUCAUUUUUAUACUACUUUGAAUAUCUGCGCCUCUUUUUCUACUGUAGUCGAUUUUUCUUCUUAAGUUAGUUUUCAAUAAUUUUCAGAAGCUAUGUGAAAGUUUUUAUGCAUAGUGUUUAAAGUCGCCAGAUAGUUGUUCUUUAGAUACUUACUGAGUUUGAUAUCACUUUUUGCUGUUUGAGCUUGUUACCAUUCAUGUUUGCUGUAUCCUUAUUCGUAAUUCAUUCUCGACCUGUUACUUCGUUAAGUACUUUUUAUGCGCGAUUGUCUGAGCACCCCAUUUUAUUAUGAUUGGACCGUUUUGGCGUUGAUCUUAAACUAAAUGCAUGGGAUGAAGAAAUAAUAAACCAAUAGAGCUUCAUUACUGGUCGUUUAUGUACUUCGAAGAUAAAAGUCUAAAUCAAAUAUUAACUAAUUGAGAUAGGAAACAAUGUCUGUUUUAUUUCCACUUAUGUUUCAACUAUCAUCACAAAGACUGAAUCAGGAGUGAGUUCUGCCACAUUUUGAAUAGCUUCAACUAACCAUCUUUCAGUCAAGUACCGUUGGCAUUUCCACAUUUUUCGACAUCUGUUUGGAUCAAACUUGCCGAAAGUGGUCAACAAAUUUAUCCUAAACAACUCGGCCAAUUUUUAGAAUCUACGUUUUCCGUCAAAUAUCUAACCGAUCUGAGUUAUAGGUUAGGUUCCCAGCUACCGGGAGACGAGACGUAAGUGAGCGUUUUGUGCUUUGGAAGGAUGAGCGAAGUCUUCUUCCUCUUGUGAAUACUACGUUUUUUUGGUUUCUUACAAUUUGUGGCCAAUGAAGUUCAAAACCUGAUUCAUAUAAUGAAUAUGGUUUCACUAGCAUACGGUAAAAUGCUUUGUAUCAGCAUAUUGUCUAACUGUCAUUCUGAAUUUAUUAACUAUCGACGGCUUGUGAUUGGUCGUUGUACUCGUUUCGGUUUACACAUGAGUCAAUCUCAUUGGUUCUGAAUUUCGCAUCGGUAAAUUUUGGUCUAUCGUGGUCUUGAGUGCUGUUAGAGGUAUGAGGGCGAUUAUCACUUCCCUGUUGAACACACCGUCGAAGGUUUGUAUCGGCAUAAGGACCUAACCACACAAUCCGCAAAGCUGAACACGAGAGAACCAGGAAAACAGAUAUUCGACAGGUAACGCGGAGAAAAACCCAAUGAUAUAAAGUGUGGGAAGAACGAGCUGAGUUAAUUCGAAUUGAUCGGAUGGCAUGGCUCAACCUCGCUGGAAUGGUCGCUUUGUACAACUUGUUCUUACUCAUAUUAAAUAUAUUUUUUAUCUUCAGCCUGGAUGUGUUCUCCAACAUAUAUUGGUAAUUGCUACGGUACGAUGCGUUAGUGUAGACAGUGAUGUGAAUUCCAUGUAAGAUCUUAUAUAUUAGGCAGUUAUAUCAUGACAAAUCUGCAAUUUGAUGAUAAGGUAUACUAUUAGAACAGUACUAAUAUCAUAGUAGAACAUAAUUGUACAGGUUCAUCCUGGUGGUACCUGAAAAGAAAAUUGGGUGCGCAAGGGACAAGUGCUUGAUGUCGG